ACAAAAUACAUACAUACAUUUAUUACUAACAAAACAAAUUAAUAAACCUACGCAAUAAACAUUAAAUGCAGAGAUAAACGAUGCUAUAGAUUAAAUGCUCCCGGUAUUUAAAGGCCCCUCAGGUUCUUCAAGGUUUCAGUGUGACAAGUGAAGCAAGGUUAAACCGACAAUGUGGACGACUCUUAUUUUAUCAGUGCUCCUGGUUCAUUGCUUAGUUGCAUUGCCAGCUCCCAAUUUAAAUGAUCGGAGUACGGAAUCUUGGAGUGCGAAUAAGGCCUGUCAGGAAGUGGAUAGUUCUGUCAUGAUUGAAAACAAAAACGAUUCAACAUGCGCCACUUACAUAUAUUGUUAUAUAGCUGAUGGCUCUACAAGAGCUCUUAUUAAAAGCUGUAAGACCAACCAAUACUUUAAUGCCGAAUUGAAAUUCUGCAGUGUCAACAAAUCUGAAGGUUGUGAAUGAUUUCUAGUUACUUUUAAAUACAAAAGGAUAGUUGACUGCUGCACGAAAAAUAAUAAUACUCAUCGUGUAAUAGAUUUAACAAAUUACGAACU